AUGACAGCUUCAGAGCGGAGAGCGCGUCUCUCCCCUCCCGAAGACCCCGAGCCCCAGCCUCGCGGCGGGAAGCGGCUCCGCUUCGGGGAGCCGGGGUGGUGGCUGCCUGUGCCGCGCCUGUCUGCGGAGGAGCGCGCGUGGGCGUGGCCGUCCCGCGGGCCGCAGCUCUUGCACGCUGCCGGAACCCGGAGGCCUGGUGCUGCCGAGGAGGGCGCGGCUGAAGAAGGCGCUACGGCGCUGACAGAAAGGGGCGCGGCUGAGGAGGGCGCGGCUAAGGAGGGUUGGGCCAAGGAGGGCGCGGCCCAGGAGCGAAUAGCAGCCCUGACGGAGGAGGGCGCGGCCGAGGAGGGCGCGGCUGAAGAAGGCGCUACAGCGCGGACAGAAAGGGGCGCGGCUGAGGAACGAAUAGCAGCCCUGACGGAGGAGGGCGCGGCCGAGGAGGGCGCGGCUGAAGAAGGCGCUACAGCGCGGACAGAAAGGGGCGCGGCUGAGGAACGAAUAGCAGCCCUGACGGAGGAGGGCGCGGCUGAGGAGGGCGCGGCUGAGGAGGGCGAAGCCUUGAAGGAGCGAACGGCAGCCCUGAAGGAGGAGGGCACGGCAGCCCUAGCUGAGGAGAACGCGGUUGCCCCGAGAGUCCGCGACUCAGGCGUCGCGGCUUCGGGAGGGCCGGGACCCUGGCGGCGGUCAUCCCCUGACCGCGCGAGGCCGUCGCCGCAGAAGCACGAGCACGCGGUAGCCGACGCACCGGGACCACGGAGCCAGCGCCGCCUCAAGAGUGCCCAGCCCCGCCGCUGUGAAGAGAGUGGCGCAAGGAGCAGCCCUGGGCUUCUGGAAGGGUUAAGUAGCGGUGCGCCCUUCGUCGAGUUGAAGAAAGUAGCAAAGCGAAAGAAUGACACGUUGGAGGCGUGUGUUAGGAGUUUCACAGACAUUUUCUGGUCCCCAAAUAGAUAUAAUGUUAAGAGGCCGAAAUUACAGGACCAUAAAAAGAUUGUAGAUGCAAAAAGCGUUUUUUCUGAAUAUUGUGAAUAUAACCACCAGUUAAUCAGCAACGAAAACACUUUUGAAAGUAAAAAUGAUUCGUCUAGUUUAAACUAUGACGACCGUAGUGUGAAGUGCUACGUUGGAGACUCUGAAAAGAAUUUCACUGUGACCCUAAGAAAUACAAAUUGGAAGGAAGCAGAGAAAAACCUGGACAGUUACAUAUCUUCCAGGUUAGAAAAAUCUCAAAGUUGGGACUGUAAUAUUAGACAUAUUUUGAAAAUAAAUAAACAGAGUUGUUGGGUAAUGAAAAAGUACAAGACUGGCAGUGAAAAUAUAAAACCAUCUAGAAAAGAUCUGAAUUUGCUACAAUUACAAGCACUAGAACUUUUAGGCAAGGAAGAUUAUCACAAUAUAAAAGCUGUAAGUGUGCAGAAACAACAACUAAGACCUCUGAUGAUAGAAAUGGUAGGUAGCCAAAACCUUUUUAUGAACAUUGUUUGGCUGAAUAGUAAUGGAGAAAAUGAUAAUAUGCUGCAGUUGAGAUACUACACUAUAGCAAAGGAUUUUCACAUAAGCAACAUGUUUCGAAAUCUCAUUACGGAGAUUUUUUAUUUCCAUAAAAGUAUUUCAGAAAACCAAAAGGAUGAUAGAAUUUUAGGCUGGUCUCAAAUUUUAAAGUGCAAAAAUCAAACCAUUAUUAAAAAUCUAAUAAUGUGGAAUACCAAUGUCAAUAUAAACAGUGGCAUUUUAAGCAGAUAUUUGCAAAGCAGCAUUUCAGGACAUUUAAAUAUUUUGAAAACCAAUAUAGCUUAUAUAAUCAACAACUUUGAAUCUUUAGCCAAAAUUGAAGAUGAUUCUGGAUUGGAGGAGGGACACAUUUUCGAGUGGAUAGUGCAUUUGAAUUAUCCAAAACUUAUUACGGCAGAAGAUCAUACUGUAUAUAUAAUGAGGACUGUAACUUUUUCAAAAUGUUUAGAAGAAAUUAUGAAACCUAUCUUAAAGAAAAUAAAGCCUAUAUUUAAAACCCAACAAAUUCUUGACCUGUGUAAGGAAGAAAACUUUGAUUCUUUUGAUACAACAUCUCAGAAUCUAUGUUUUCCAAUUUUCAAAACAUAUGAAAAAAAUCUUUUUUUAAUGGACUUUGAUGACAUGGAAGAACUUUCUUUGAUAAAAAAUUCUAGUUAUGAGACUAUGAGUUGUCUUGAACAACCCAUGAAUGUAGAGACCUGGGCUCACUGCAGCUUUAGUACUGUUAAAACACAUGUGAAAUCUGAUUCUCAGCUUAUACAGAAAAACCAUGGAUGUAUUAGCAGAAAAUGUCAUGAAAUAAAUGUACAUAACCGACAUUUAGGGACUCAAAGAAAACAGGAUCCUAAGAUCAAUAGCUUUAAUUCUAAGCCUACAUUUGAAAGUUCUUUUGUUAGACAACAGGAUACACUGGCAAACCAAAACACAGUACAUAGUCUACAGAUCAAUAGCUUGACUGUAAAUCAGGUGCUGAACUUUGAGGGCUUGCAAAGUGAAAUAGAAAGAACCAAAUAUGACUUUAUUCUGAAAAAGGAACUAAAAGCCACAGAACAGAGUUUAACAAAUAGUUGCCAAGUUUGUACUAAGAUAGAAAAGAAAGAAGGUAGUUUUUCCCCAAAAGAUGGCACAGUUCUUGUGCAGUCAUUUUCAUUGAGGAGUGUGAAAGUAAAUAUGAAAGAAACUAAAUCUGUUAAUGAAAGUAACACAGUGGACAGAAAUGAAUACAAGAGUAUUUUGCAAGAAAGUGAGUUAGCUAAUUCAAAGCAUUUUCAUCCAAAGAAUCAUGCAACAUUAUAUGUGAAUCAUCAAUUUGAAACUGAUUCAAAUGAGAACAAUGAAUACUUUCAGAAUUUAACUGCAAAAUGUUUAUCAACAGAGGCUCUGACAGCAGUAAAAGAUGUAGAGAUGAAGAGUAAAUUCAAUUUGGUACUUGAAGAGCUUCGUUUGUUUCAUGAAAUUAGUAAGGAAAAUGAAAUCCCAACCACUGUGGAAACAAACAGUGGGCAACAAAAUUACCUUGAAGAAAGCAAUGAGGAGGAGGGGGAAAAAAUAGAGAUAGAACAAGAUUUAAAAAUAGUUACAGCCGGCAGUGGAUGUGCAUCUUCUUUGCCCUGUGGCACAGUAACAGGUCCUAAUAUUGAUAGAAGACACAAAGGUUUAUUUAAGUGGAAAACAGUACCCAGUGGAGAACAGGAAGUUCCCAGUGUAUAUUGCUGUCCUAGAACAACAGAGGAAGAAAUGAUCUAUUUUACUUCUGAGCAAGAUGGUAAAAGUUCUUUACCUAAGAGACCUGCUUUAUUCCCUGAUGAAUAUAUGGAAGAAAAGUUUAAUUAUUUAUCAAGUGGAGGUAGCCACUUUUCACAUGGCAUUUCAAGAAUCCAGCCUCUUAAGACAUGCAAUGGACCGAUCAAGAUUGGUUUGUCAAAAAAAGCAAGAUUUAAGCAACUCCAUCCUUACUUGAAAUAAAUGUGUUAUGAGAGCUUAAAAGAAGAUUUUUGGACUUUUGAGACAUUGCAAAAUGUGUAGAAAUGUUUUAUGUCUUUCUUUGGAUAAAUGCUUUCUUUCAGUUUGGGAGUUUUGGGGUU